AUGACCCUGAAGUCAAAUGUCAUCCGAGACUCUGUUUCACAUAUAACAUCUUACACCCAAGUUCUUCAACUCAGUUUGAUAACUCUGUCACUAGGCUCAUUAUGGACCCAGCAAAAGUCACAGGACCAGGUGCAUGCCGAAAUCAGGAAGCUUACCGACGCUAUCCGGUCUACGAACCUCAUCUCUCAAGUUGGCACUACCCAGAGACGUUUUUCAACCGAGUGGGACGAUGACACCGAGACCAGAGUAAACGACUCGGUGUCGGUGACAAAAGAGAUUCAGGCUUGGCGAUUGUCUGCAGAUGAAGUUGCCGCUGCGGUCACUCUCCAAGAUGCGGACCAUAGCAAGUCAAUUUUGUCCUUCAGCCCGUCGUUCUCCAAUCUGUCUCUGAACAACGACCUUGUAUCACAACCGGCGCCGCUCGGAAGCGUUGACUCUGAUGAUUGGGAUCCCGAGCCCGAUCACCCAGACGGUCCAAGCAAAGAUAUAUUACGCCAUCAAUUCGACGCAAACCAGGAAAUAGUUGAUCGUCUAGUGAGCUGCGGCAUCUUUCUCCGAGCGUCGCUUUACCAGAAGAGGGGCAUCGAAAUACGAGAACAGCUGAGCCAGCCCGGCUAUGACCUCCAGUUCAGCUUCGCCGAGAAAGCUGUCAUGAAAGAAAGACUGGCUGACAUUCUGUUGCGAAGCGAGACGGAAGAAGAGACCGUUGAAGCGAAGACCAUCCUGCAAAGGCUACUGGAAGAAGAAGUCAAGCAACCCGAGGAGUUCAAGGAUGUCGAGCGCCGCAGCCGCCUGUAUCAUAACCUCGGAUGCCUUUAUAUCAAGCUCGGCAACCUGAAGCAGGCGAAGACCUUCCUCAGUCGAGCUCUUGAAGGUCGAAAGAACCAGAAACCUAUGCCAGUCCACUCGGUACAAGACACGGCUGACCUAUACAUCAAAGCACUGAAACUCGACGGGGCGUUUGAUGAAGCAGGCGGAGUGGAAGUUUGGGUCAACAAUGUAAUUAUACCCUUGGCGAGCCGACCAGCAUCGCCACCAGAUUCAGAACUCAUAGGAGGCCUCAGAAGACCGUCGUCCAUGGGGGAGCUUUCUCAAGCCUUUGCCUGGUGCCGAGAGAACGGUUUCGACGUCGACAUGCCCGGCGGUUUCCGAUUCGAUACUUGUGAUUUCGUGACGCGGACAUCGCCACUGCACAAAGCGAUCCAGGACGAAAAUAUCGAAGUCCUAAGACAGAUGAUGGGGCAUGUUGCCAGCCUUGAGACUGGAGGAGAUCUUGGUGUCCCGACGCCAUUGCUACUCGCAGCGUCAACCAAGAACCGUGAUAUCGUCGGUUUGUUAUUGCGGAGCGGUGCUCGUGUCAAUGUACGCGAUAGCGCAGGGCUCAGUCCGCUCCACAGGUGUCAAAGCAAGUACGGCGGCGUCAAUGUAGCCAAGCUCCUGCUUGACGACACCCCUAUUUUGCUGGACACCGUCGACAACUCGGGCAAAACAGCGCUGUUCAUGGCUUGCGAGAUGGGGAACGAGAAGAUGGUUCACUUCCUCCUAGAACAAGGAGCCAACCCCAACAUCUGCCAAAAAACCAGAAGAGGGUCUACGUUGUCUCCCUACUUGGGUGGCACCAACGUAUGCACCCCGUUGAUUGCCGCGAUUCAGGUGGUGGCAACAAAAAGCUCACGCAAGAUUGGGAUUAUAGAAGACUUGCUAUGCCAUGAAGCGGACCCUCAUCUCACUGAUGCCAACGGUAGAAAUGCGUUUCAAGCAGCCAACAACUCGGGGCUGGCAGGGUCGGAAAUCAAGCGACUCCUUCAAGAGCAUGGCUCGUCAUCAUCCAGGAGGUCGAGUGAUACGUCUUCUUCGGCGACAAUCUUCACCAGGUCGUCUAACUCAAGUGACAACAUCCCGUCUACAUCUGCCCGGAGGGUUAAUCUCAUGAGAUUUUGGAGCAGAUCUGAAUCAACGCAAUCGGGGAUCGAGACGGUUCCGGAGCGAGAGUAA